AGCCGGGCGGGCGGGGCAGGGAGGGGGCGCCGGCCGCCCCGCGGCCCAGCUGGUUAGGUUUCGUUUUCCUGCGACACGCGGUUUCGUUUCCUUGCGGUCGUCGCUCCCCCGCAGGGCCCACCCCGGGCGCCAGCUCGACACCUGUGGCCCCUGUGCGCCCGCCCUCCACGUCUGCAGUCACGCCCAUCGCCGCCUUGGCCAACACUCACCUGGGCAACGUCGUGGCCAGAGCCCUCAACCCCCAUCUGUGACCCCAACACCCGUGACACCUUGCCACACUACCUGUGGUGUGUGGUGACACACGCGCAGCUCUCCUCUCACCUGCGGUUAACACCUGCCUGCCCCCGUGGCCAGAGCUCUCGCCGCGGAGGCCAAGCCAGUGUCUCCACGCCCAGUCCUUGCAGAGGGAGCAAUGGCCGCGGCUCCUGACAGGGGGUGCCCACGCGUGCUCUUCGGGGACUGGCUUCUGGGCGAAGUCAGCAGCGGCCGUUACGCGGGGCUGCGAUGGCUGGAUGAAGCCAGAACACGGUUCCGCGUGCCCUGGAAGCACUUCGCCCGAAAGGACCUGGGCGAGGCCGACUCGCGCAUCUUUAAGGCCUGGGCCGUGGCCCGCGGCAGGUGGCCGCCCCGCAGCAGCGAAGGUGCGCAGCCGAUCCCCGAGGGUGCCCUCCGCGCCUCCUGGAAGACCAACUUCCGCUGUGCCCUGCACAGCACGCGGCGCUUCGUGAUGUUGCAGGACAACUCGGGGGACCCCACUGACCCUCAUAAGGUGUACAUGGUCAACCCCGAGCUGGGGCGCGGAGAAGGCCCCGGCUUCAACCCGGGGGAAGAGGAGGCCCUCGAGGAUGCCCCACCCCCAAGGGGUGAGCUUCCCGGGCUGCGCCCGGCAGCACAUACUGGUGAGAGGCUGAGGCACGAGCUGGCCAGGCCGAGCCCUGCACCCUGCACCCCAAGCCCAGCUGGAGAUGGUGGGGACCUCCUGCUCCAGGCUCUGCAGCAGAGCUGCAUGGAGGGCCAUCUGCUGGAAGCUGCAUGGGGGGUGGAUCUGAUCCCCCCCGAGGUUCCAUAUGCAGGCCCACCCCCAGCCCCGGUGCCCUGGAAGCCCCAAGAGGCGGAGCCCUGCACCACACUCUACCCCCGUGUCUGUACGCGGAUGGCGGGCGAGCGGGGCGCGGCCAGUCCCAGCUGCUCACAGCUCGGUCUGCACGCAAGGCCCAGCUUGGAGGCCCUGGACUUGACCAUCAUGUACAAAGGUCGCACGGUGCUGCAGGAGAUGGUGGGGGGCCCCAGCUGUGUGCUCCUGUACGGGUCUCCGGGCCUGGCUGGCGCGGCUGCAGAGCCCCAGCAGGUAGCCUUCCCCAGCCCCGCUGAGCUGCCUGACCAGAAGCAGCUCCACUACACAGAGAAGCUGCUGCAGCACGUGGCCCCCGGGCUGCAGCUGGAGUUCCGGGGACCCAAGCUGUGGGCCCGGCGCCUGGGCAAGUGCAAGGUCUACUGGGAGGUGGGAGGGCCCCUGGGCUCUGGCAGCCCCUCCACCCCCGCCUGCCUGCUGCCCCGAGACUGCGACACCCCCAUCUUCGACUUCGGCACCUUCUUCCAAGAGCUGGUGGAGUUCCGGGCCCGCCGGCGCCAGGGCUCCCCACACUACACUAUCUACCUGGGCUUCGGGCAGGACCUCUCCGUGGGGAGGCCCAAGGAGAAGAGCCUCGUCCUGGUGAAGCUGGAGCCAUGGCUGUGCCGGACACAGCUGGAGAGCGUGCAGCGUGAAGGCGUGUCCUCCCUGGACAGCGGCAGCCUCAGCCUCUGCCUGUCCCCCUCCAACAGCCUCUAUGACGAGCUGGAGCGCUUCCUGAUGGAGGUGGAGCAGCCGGCCUAGGGUGGACCCUGGACCCCUCCCAAUCCAAUAAAAAGAUUCCAAGACCCA